AUGCCUCCCAAGAAGGUCGUAGCUACCAAGGGCGACGCCGGUGACGAUGGCGACAAGUUCAGCUGGACCGCCGAGAACGAGCGCAAGCUCCUCCUCUUCAUGAUCGGCACCACCAGCUUCACCAAGGAGGACACCGAGCGCCUCGCCGAGCACGCGUUCAAUGGUGGGUUGCUCACCACACCACCUACAUCCACAACGCUAAUCUGUAACACAGGCCCCUCCGCGAACGCCAUCAAGCAGCGCGCAAACAAGAUCCGCAUCGAGCACCGUGCGCUUUACGAGGAGCACGGUUGGCCGGCGCCGGACGGCAAGCCCGCUGUCAAGGCCGCCACCCCCAAGACCAAGAAGCGCGGCGCUGCCGACGGCACCGACGACGCUCCCGCGACGCCCUCCAAAAAAGGCAAGAAGGGCAAAGCUGCUGAGGAUGGUGAUGGUCCCAGCAACGAUCUCGACCGCGGUAUCAAGGCCGAGGCUGUGGAAGAGAUCUGA